GACGACAGAGAAGAGUGGCAGUUGAUUUGACCACACGGCUGCUCACCGCACUGACGUUUCUGUCUCCACACCGGGCGGGAUAUCCGCAGUAGUAAGCUAGCUAAUAACAUGGCGAAGACUUACGAUUACUUGUUCAAACUACUUUUAAUCGGCGAUUCGGGCGUCGGAAAGACCUGCGUGCUCUUCAGAUUUUCAGAGGAUGCCUUCAACUCAACGUUUAUCUCUACUAUAGGUAUUGACUUCAAAAUCAGAACAAUAGAACUAGAUGGGAAGAAGAUCAAGCUACAGAUAUGGGAUACAGCAGGACAGGAGAGGUUCAGGACCAUCACAACAGCCUACUACAGAGGAGCCAUGGGCAUCAUGUUGGUGUAUGACAUAACAAACGAGAAGUCUUUCGACAACAUCAAGAACUGGAUACGGAAUAUAGAAGAGCACGCUUCAGCAGAUGUAGAGCGGAUGGUUCUUGGAAACAAAUGUGAUGUUAAUGACAAGCGACAGGUGUCCAAAGACAGAGGAGAGAAGCUGGCGCUGGAGUACGGCAUCAAGUUCAUGGAGACCAGUGCAAAGGCAAACAUCAAUGUUGAGAAUGCCUUCUUAACCCUCGCCAGAGACAUCAAAGCAAAAAUGGACAAGAAGCUGGAGGGCAACAACCCCCAGGGCAGCAGUCAAGGAGUAAAGAUUACAGAACAGCCCAAGAAGAGCAGUUUCUUUCGCUGCACACUCCUGUGAGGAGACUGGAGCGUUGGCAUCCACCAUCGCCUUAACCGUGUCCCCCACUGGACAGAACUGGACAGAGCACACUCUGAUAUCCAUCUCUUUUAUCCCCCCUCCCCUUGUCUUGUCUUCCUCUGCCUUCUUCGCAUUUGUCCUGUGAUUAUUUACUGGGAACAACAAAAAUGUAUUGCUACCCUUGUCUACUAGUCAUCUAUGGACUCUGUUACAUGCAGUAUCACAUAUCUACUUAUAUCAUUUUUUUUGCAGUUGUUCCUUAGACCUGUAGAUCCAAAUUAAUUCCCUACAUUUUGUAGACUUUUAAAGACUGCCUCCACUUAAGACACUUGGAGUAGUCAGACCUUUUUUUGUAAGUAUUUGUAAUUUUCUUACAAUAUUGUCUGACGUGUUUUGUCACUCUGUGAAGUCUUAUUUAUUCAGUCCUUAUCUCUAAAAGUAGCCCCAAGUAAUAUUUCUAGAUUAUUCUCACUCUAAUCUAAUGGAGUAUCUCAUUUUUAUAUACUCAAUCAUAUAAUGCAAUCUACUGACUGUAUGAUCCAAGUACAAUCCAAUUUAGUCCCAUUUUAUGAAUUACUGUAUCGCUGAUUUAGGUGACCCGCAUUCCUUUUAUAUGCACAAUAGGUCAAGACAGCAUAUAAAUAUAUCUUAUCUAGUAUUAUUCACCGUAUAAAACAGCAGUGCCAGUGCGUUUUACUCAUCAUAUCAACGAUGGAGUUUACAUUCCCUUUGUCCUCCUGUUCUACUCAUGUCUCUGUUGAUUUCCUAGGCUGAAACAUUCCAUUCAUUCCUCUUGUGAACACUGAAAUGUGCAAUGUAGUGUAUUUAGAGUCCAGUAUUCACAUGUUUGCAGUACAUUUUUAGGGCACACUGAUUCCUUCUCUCUGUGUUGCUAUUUGCAAUAGCAAUACCUAACUCUCACACCUGGAGGCAAUGCAGCGGCAGAGAAGUAAUCGAAGCGCUUAAUCAUUGCGUUCAUACUUGUUUCUGGUUGUCAGUUCCAUUGGGGGAACACGACUGUUUUUUUCUGGGCCUUGGAUCGGGGCUGUGCUGUAGCAGUAUUUAUGGAGUGAAAACAAAACAUAGCACCAAAUGACAAAGUGCCCUUUUAUGUUCUUAUUGAUUAUGCACUUUUCUUUUGUUCGUCCUGUGAAAAAAAAAAAGUUCUUAACGUGUUGACUAUGUUUGUUGCGAGUCUUAACUGAAAGCAGAGAUUAUUCAUGCACAACUUUGCCUGUUCCCUAUCUGUUUUUUUCCCUAAAAACAUCUGUGCACUGACAUUGCCUACGAUUUAAAGAUAUAACCUUUUCAUUUAAUCGUUUUCAAGCAUUUUAUAAAUUUGCAUUACUAUUGAUGCAUUUGGGAACCCAAAAUGCCGCCUUCCCUUCAUUUACUCUUUCUUUUCCACCACUCCUCUUCCACCUCUUUCCACUUAUACCACAAUUUUUUUGUUUUGUUCUGUGUUUUCUUUCUUUUUGGCCCAGUAUCACAGCCGUCUGAACUAUGCAUUUUUUGGGUGCGUAGAAAACCUCAUAAAGCUUUGCACAUUUGACUUGACAAGCUUUAUUUGAGAUUAGAAGUGUGCAUAGGAUUCAGCUUUUUUUUUUAUUUUCUGCUGUCUCCACAUUCUAUUGCAUAUGGUAUAAGCUUGAGCAAGUUUUAGAAUGGGAAAUCAUUGAAAGCUUGUUAGAAUCGCCUUGGUUGUUUGAGUGCCCUGAGUGACAGUUUUUCUGCAGCUGCAAAAAUAUUAACCUGUGGAUCUAAGUCAUCAUUGAUGGACUUAAAUGUUUAAGCACUAUUUUGGUUAAACUGACUCCCGCACAUUAAAAACAUGGUUUUUAGAUUUAAGAUUGGCUUUAAUUUGGUUUGACUCGGUUCUUUGGUUUGGAUUAUUUGAAAUUUUGUCCCAUUUUAAUCCCAUCUUCAGACAUUUGGAUUUCGAUGGGUUUAUUGAUGGGAAUUUUUUUUAAUAAUUCUGCAAUUGUAAAUAAGAUCUACAAUUAUUGUCCUGUAGUUUCAUAAAUUUAUUGAUCUACGGCUUUUGUGUACUUUAAAUUGUGAAAAAUUAGAUUCUUAAAUGUUAAGUCGUCUUACAUUUGCACCAUUUAUCAUUGGAGGUUGAUCUAUAUUGAAUAUAUAACAACUUUAUUGGGGAGGAUAAUUCAAGCACGUGUUUUGUUUAUGUUUGCUAUUUGGCUUUGGGUUAUUAUUAGUGAAUUGAGCAGAUUUUUGCAGCUUUCCAUCCAAAAACCACUUUAUAUGAACAUGAAAAUUUCUAUUCAGAAGGACUUUCUGAAGGAUUAUGUACUUAUUAUAGUAUUAUAUUUUCUUAACCAACCAUGGAAUAUGGAGGACCUGACUUUAUAGGAAAUAAACAAUUGAAUUACGAAAUGGGUUUUAAUGUUUUGCUUAUUUUUGUUUAAACAUUGAAUUUGAAUUGUCAAGUCAAAAUGUUCUAGUAAACUGACCAAUUCAAAUAAUAAAAAAAAUGAUGUCAGGAUUUA